AUGUCCUGCCGUCGGACGCUUCCGGAAGGCAUCCACUGGUGCUUCAUCCUCUGGCUUUCGCUCGGCAUUGUUUCCGGCCAGUUGCUGGAGGACGAUGAAUGUGGUCGCAAUGAGGCCUGUGCCCUAAAUGCUCUUCAACAAAGAGUACAGCAGAGAGUCGAAGAUGCCGGGAACUUCACCACACCUUUCAGGAUGUUGAAGAACUCCCUGAGUGGCAGGUGUUUGGCAAUCGCUGGUCCUGGUGUGGUGGGUGAUCCGCUCAUGUUGCUGGACUGUGGAGCGCAGAUCUCCAGGUUGCAGCAAUUUCGUUUGGCCGAGGGUCAUUUGGUGACGCUCGGUGAGGGGGAAGUGCCUUUGUGCGUAUUCUUGGAUGGCGACAAGUUGAACUUGGUCGACUGCGAGAAGGAUCAGGGAGGCUGGACCUUCGAAAAGUCCUACUUCAGAAGCUAUGGAUGGUUGAAACGAGGGAAAAAGUGCCUUGGUGUGCAAGGCACUAUGAGCAAAAAGAUGGGAUCUUUUGUGGUUCCUGAGAGGAAGAGACAGGUCUUGUUGAGAGCCAUCUCCGAGCCGACGUUUUUUGAGGACCAGAAAUGGUACUGGACCGAAGACCUGAAAUGUGAACCCGAAAAAUUGCCAAAGAAAACCGUCGAAACCGGAAUGGAUUUGGUGGACGCAGAGGUCAAACCCAUUUGGGCCCAGCCUAGGCAGCCCCCGGACGCCCAACUUCCGCAGUUGAAACUGCCAGUUGCAGGGGACUCGGGGACGGAAGUGGAAUCAGCUUCAGCUUCAGAAGAUGAGGAUGAGAUUCCUCACGCACCCAUCGCGACGAACUUGGUGGGCACACAAGAGCUCACACUGCCCGGAGCGACAGAGGAACCAGAGUCUCAGUGCGAGACGCUGGAGUCGCAAAACGGAAGUAAGCAAACUCCCCCGCCAGCUUCGAAGAAAGGACUCUUCAGAGACCUGAGGAGUAAGAUCAAGAAGAGUGCCACCACAAGCAUGUUUCGGAAGACCACAUCGCAAUCGGAACAGAGAAAGACGACCACCUUCUUGAACCGCUCAUCGACCCUGGCGAAGGGCCCCAUUCGAACGGAGCAGGAGGGAUGCCGACAACGCCUGGCGCAGUUCGUCAACCGCCCUGGCUUUGAGUUGACAUUUGCGAUCAUCAUCUUCGUGAACACCAUCCUGAUGGCAGUCCAGGUGCAGUACCGAGGCCUCAACGUGGGUCACUUCCUGAAGUAUCACAGCGUUGAAGUCCCCGCCAGCGAAGCAUGGCCCCAUGCUGAACCCGUCUUCUUUGGCCUGGAGAUGUGUUUCGGAGUCAUCUUCACAGCAGAGAUUCUGAUGAAGAUCAUCGCUCUGGAUAUCAGCUUUAUCUAUGAUCCCUGGAAUAUUUUGGAUUUCUUAGUGGUGCUGGCGUGGUUCGUGGACACUAUCGCUCAGGGUUUACUGCCAUUGGACCCUCUGAUGCUGCGGCUCUUGCGAUUGGUGAAGCUUUUUCGGAUGCUCCGUCUGGUGAGGACGAUUCAAGGUUUCGACUCGCUAUAUGUUAUGAUCACUGCAAUUCGGGGGAGUGUGGCAGCCCUAUUCUGGAGCACCAUGUUGCUUCUUCUGGUGCUUACCACUGUCUCUCUAUUCCUGCAGACCAUGAUGGAACCCUACAUCAGUAGUAGUGAAGAGGAGUCCAGACGCUUGGAGGUCUACAUGUACUUUGGUACCUUUUCCAAGGCCAUGGUCUCGCUCUGCGAGAUGACCCUGGCCAGCUGGCCGACGCCCUCGCGGGUUCUCACGGAGAAUGUGAGCGAAGUGUGGAUCUUCUUCGUUCUCAGCUUCCAAUUGUUGGUGGGUUUUUCAGUGAUGAAAGUCAUCAUGGGCGUGUUUUUACAGAUCACGUUUUACGUGGCAUCCAACGAUGAUGUCAUUAUGAUGAGCCAGAAAGAGAGGGCCGUGCGGGUGCACACCAAGAAGAUGGAAGCCCUUUUCGAAGCGGCGGACGAGAAUGGCAAUGGCCGAUUGGAUCAGGACGAGUUUGAAGGGAUCCUCCAAGACCCGGCCUGUGUGGCGUGGCUAAGUGUCGGGGUGCCCAGUAAGUGGACCGAAUGGAGGCAGCGAAUCCAAUGGACUUGGUGUGACCAGCAAAAGUUCCUGCGCUGCUCUGCUGGGUUUCUCAGUGGUAGCGGUGAGCCCUGGGCCGACCGGGGCAAGCUGCAGGCAAAGGACAAGGACCAUAAGUACGUGGAUCAAUGCCAACGCCCGAUGAUGCGGCGCCUCCUGAUCCUGCUAGCGCUAUGGCAUCUUCGCAGGUGCAAGUGGCUGCUGGAGGGGUACAUUUUGUACCGUCAGGCUGCUUUGAGCGAGGCACAGGAACAGAGGUUUUUGGUUUGGUCAGAUGGACGAUAUGAUCGUCUUUCAGCCGUCAAGGCGUUGCGAAAGUUGGACAAGGUUGUGAAGGAGAAGGGCAAGACGGCCUACCUUGUGGACGCUCCUGAGAAUGAACAGGUUGGCCUCUUUGACGAUGCCGAAGUGGACUGGUUCGAGGAUGACGGACCAGAUGCAGAAAACUACGUCUAUGUCCAAGAAGGAGAUCUCAGCGAGAUCAUGGAUGAAGAGGAUGUCCUCUCUGCUCUUGCCUCCUACAAGGAGAUCAGGCAGGCCAUCAAGGACCAGAAGAAGGGACGUGGCUUCUAUGGAAAGGGCGCCACGGCAAAGGGCAAGGGCAAGAGUGGUGGGCGCUGGCAGAAAGUCCACACCGAGCAGUUGAAAAUGCGCAGCCGCUGCUUCAAAUGCGGCCAAGUCGGCCAUUGGAGCAAGGAGUGCAAGAGUGACGUCAAAGGCCGAUCUUCUGCUCCGUCCAACCAAGGAGCCUCAGUGUCAUCGGUCUCAACGUCGAGGUCAGGGUUCUUUGUUGCAUCGGAGCCGCUCAACCGUCAAGAGGGCGGUUCGGCGUUUUGGCUUCGAGAGUUCAUAGCAAGCAAGGCAAAGACCCAAGAUGCGCGGUCCCGUGGAGAGUACAAGGGUGAGCAGAGUUUUUGCGGGAUUUCAACAUGUGCACAUCAUGCGGUGGUAGAUACAGCAGCAGAAGGUGGUUUGAUUGGAAAGCCGGCACUUGAAAGGCUUGAGGUGAAGUUGAAGGAGAGAGGUAUCAAGGUGAAAUGGAUUCCCAAAACUUCAGCGGCAAAAGGUGUUGGAGGUCAUGCUACAUGUUUAGGAGUUGCACUCAUCCCUGUCGGCAUUGCGGGUGUCAAUGGGCUUUUGGAAACAACAGUGGUAGAUGGCGAAGUUCCUUUCUUACUUCCAAUUCGAAUGCUCACUGGUCUCAAGGCAGUCAUCGAUCUUGAAACCAUGAAGAUGAAACUCAAAGAAUACCAAGUAGAGAUACCAAUGCAUGAGCUGGCAAGUGGACAUGUCACAAUUGAUGUCAUGGAAUUUGAGAAUGGCAAGUUUGUCAUGCCGAUGAAUGUACCUGGAUGUGUAGCUGAAGAUUUUCAAGUACCUCACAGUGCUUGGGCUUGGCAUGAAAAGUCACUGCAUGCUCUCCAGCAGCGACCAAUGGCAUCUUCGUUGCUGAAUCAGCUCAAGAAGAUCGGGAACCUUGGCGCCUCCAUGGUGGAUCCGAUGGAAGUCCCAAUGGAUGUGGCACCGCCAACACAUCACUCAAAGAGAGCAAUUCGAGGGUGGCGCAUUCUCCUCGACAAGCUGGGCAUGUUGCUGGUCUUCGCAAGUCUCCAGCAAAUCGUGGACGAGUGGUUUCCACCGUCGCAGCACUCGCCUGGCUCACACUUGGAACACAAGGAGGAGACAUUGGAGGACGUGUAUGCGGCCAUCAUUGCGGGUGCGAAGAUGCUUCCGCCUCUCAAGUCAAAGGAGGUAGCCAAGACUCCAAUCAGCAAUUGCGUUCACCCAAAGGAGAGAUUGAAGGGUGGGGGCAACGCUUCCAGCUCCUACAUAGUGUGUCGGGAUUGCCUGGCACGAUGGCCGAAUCAUCUACCUGCAGCAGAGAUCAAGAAACAGCUCAAGGAGAACAAGGAGUUGGCAAAGAAAGGGGGCCUCUUGAGUCAACCGUUCCAGGCGCUUCAUCCAGCUAUGCAGUCGAUGGGGCAACAGCAGGCACAGAUUCAGCAGCUUCAGAGGAUGCUGUUGGAAGAACAGAAGAGGAGCCACGAAAUGCACGAGAACAUCCUGCACAGCCAGAUGAUGAGACAAGGUGCAACAUCGGCAGCACCACCGGCAACACCAUCUUUGAGUGCGGUGGACCUGGUGGCAGAGGCAUUGAUCAACAACCAGGACUACGACCCCGCCAUUCAUGGGGUGCCGGUGAUGAAGGCAUCAGCAAAGACGAGGAGCGCUCCACACAUGACGGAGGAUGUCAUCGAGGUUCACAGGGAUGGACAUUGGCAGAGAGAAGAAGGUUUGGUGCCACUAAGAACUGAAGAGAGGAUGCGAGUCUGGUUGUCCCUGUCAAGUAGGAGUAGCUUGGAAAGUUUCUUUGAAGAUGACAAGGGCACGAGUUUUUCCAACAAGGAUAGGAGACUCUUGAACAAGGGCGUUGAAGCGCUUUAUGGAAAAGGGUUGAAAGAUGCAAUUGUUUCAGAAGUGUUUUCCCCGCCAAGAGUGGCGAAGUUGGCAGGAGAGCGAGGAUUGAAGCAAGGAACCAGUUUCGAUUUGGAGACUGGAUGGGAUCUUUCAACAGCAGAGGGUCGCCGCAGAAUGUGGAGGCGACUUCGGGAAGAGAAACCGGAGCUUGUCAUCGUCUGCCCGCCUUGCAAGGCAUUUACGGUCAUGCAAGCCCUAAACCUUUUCAAGAUGGAAUGGGCCAAGGCGGUUGAGCUCAUCGAGGUUGGGCUGGACGACUUAGAGACGGCGGCAUUGGUGGCAGAUUGGCAGCAUAGGAAUGGAAGGUACUUCGUGUUUGAACAGCCGGAUGGAGCUCGGUCUUGGACAGAAGCUUGCAUUGAAAGGUUGGUGAGGAUGCCAGGGAUAUGGAGAACAAGGUGUGACAUGUGCGCCUAUGGUAUGGCAGUAGGCGAUGAAGGCUUCAACUUGAAGCCCACUGCCAACUCCUCAUGCAUUUCCAGAAGAAUGAGUCGAAGAUGUCCAGGACACCAGCAGCAUGAGGCACUGCUUGGUGGAAAGGCACGGAAGGCGCAAGUCUAUCCAAAGGAGUUCUGUGAGCAAAUCAUCAAAGGAAUCAAAGAACAGAUGCGUCAGGAUGGAAGGAUGCAAUGCGCCAGCAACUAUGUCUUUGCCGCAGAGGACGAUGAGGUAGAAGAUGAAGAAGAGCUUGCCCCAGAAGACAGCAAGCCUGAGGAGGUUAUCGGAGAGAAGGGAGGAGCCGACAGUCUGAGCGCUCAAGAACAGGCGUCGGUCCUAAAGCUUCACAAGGGCAUUGGUCAUCCACCUUUGGCAGAGUUUAUCCGCUUCAUGAAGGCAGCAAGAGUGCGAAGUGAGGUGGUGCGUUGGGCGGCAAAGAACUUUCGGUGUGAAAGCUGUGAGGCCAGGUCUCGAACAAAAGCAGUGAGACCAGCCACCAUCCCAAAGACCUUUCAGCCAAACAAAGUCAUUGGAGUUGACCUGAUUUACAUACCUGCAGUUGGAGGACAGCAACAGGUGCCAGCAUUGUCCAUUUUGGACUGGGGAACUAACUACCAAAUGGUGGAAUUGAUUCCCAACAAAGAGCCAGGCACCGUGUGGCGGACACUGUGGAGCUGUUGGGCAAGAGUUUUUGGUCUCCCUGAAGUAGUCGUCUGCGACGCAGGAAAGGAGUUUGCCUCCGAGUUUGUGAAAACAGCCUCCGCAAAUGGAAUUGUGAUUUACCAGAUAGGGGCUCGGGCGCCUUGGCAGAAUGGCAAGACAGAGCGCCAUGGUGCACACUUUAAAGAGCUGCUGGAGAAGGCCAGAGCUGAGAUGGUGGUCACUGAGGAGGCGGAAUUGAGGAGACUGAUGCAAGAGGUUGAAAGUGUGAAGAACAGGUUUUCCAACAGAUCAGGAUUUUCUCCCAUUCAACGACAAAUUGGCCAAUGGCCAAGGGCGCCCACCGAGAUCACUUCAGACGAGGUGAUUGACCCAACGCUGGUGGCAGGUGCCUUGGUAGAUGAUGUCGAACGAAUAUGGGAGAUGCGAAGAUUAGCCCAGAAAGCCUUUGUCGAGCACAACGCUCGAGCAGCAGUUUCCAAAGCUUUGAGGGCUCGCAGCCGAACAUCUGUUGAAUACCAACCUGGAGACUUUGUGUAUGUGUACCGGGUCCACCGCCAAAGAAAGCGAAAGGUCGGUGGAGUCGUGGACAUUGACCACGCCAAGAACAAACCUACAUGGGUCGGCCCUGGAACGGUGGUAGCACCAGAUGGUGCAAACCUUUGGAUCACAGUUUGGGGCGAGCUUUGGAAGGUUGCAAAAGAACAGUGCCGCUUGGCUACAAACAUGGAGAAGCACGGCGUUGAACUUGUGCUUAGGGAGUGCAAGGAUUUAGUUGAAGAAUACAAGAAGACCUCCAAGAGGGCAGGCUACAAAGACAUAACCAACGAACCUUUUCCUGAGGAUGAAGAGGGGAUGCUGGAAGAUCAGCCAGAACAUCAAGAUGAGGAUCAUGCCCCGAGACAGGUCAGGUUCAACGACAUAGCAGAGGAAGAAGGCUACUCCCCAAGCAUUGCGGAAGAUGAUCCGCCAGCGGCAGAAGUGAGGAGAGCUUCCAACUCUUCAAGGCAAACCAUUGAAGAGCCAGAGUUUGAGCGCAGUGAUGUUCAGUCAAUUGGCAGCGGACAGAGCAUGGAGUCCACAGACUCCGGCAAUACUCCACAGUCCCAGUCUGCUCCUCAAGUACCAGAUCACCAGCCCACUCUGGAGCAGGUUCAAGACCCAACUUUUAUGGAAAGGGUGCAGGAAUCCACAGCGAGUGCCAAUAGGUUGGAUGGGAUUCCAUCCAACGCUCCAGCGCCAGUCAGAGGAUGGAGGAUCAGAGAAAAUCGUACUGAUCCCUAUUUCACUGAGUUUUGCUGGGUAGAAGAGCGCGAAGCAGAGGAGUUUGAACUGGAAAGGGCCCGAGAGAGGGCAAGCUUUUUGGUCCAAAGUGCAGCACCAACAAAACGGCAAGAUUUUUGGGAAAUUGAUGUUGAAAAGGGGCUGGCAGUCAAGCAUCAUGUGAGAAAGAGACAAGCACUUUUCAGUCCCAAGCAUGAUCACAGUUUGCCUUUUGCAUUGGACAAACUGUCCGAAAAGAGAUACACUCAAAUCAAUUAUCUCGCCAACCGUCCAGCCGAGACAAUCGAAGACAGCUGGAUCAAGAAGGGAUCUACAGCCAAGCGCGAGACAUGGUGGACCGGUACCUCCACCUUCGCGCUCAAGAAGAAGGCUGAUGGCGAGGAGGUAGAGGCUCUCAACGUUUUGGCAACUGAAAAGAGAAGGUCAGAUGAUGUAGACAUGAGAAAGGAAUGCAAGAAAGAUUUGGCAGAAUGGAGGAUUGCAGAUGCAGAGGAAUGGCAGAAGGUGACGUCCACCGACGCAGUCAGAGUUUUGUCUUUAGAAGAAUCUAGGCAGGUCAAAGCUCAACUUCAGAAGGAGGGCAAGAUUGACAGGAUUUUGCCAACCAAAUUUGCCAGAAGGUACAAGCCGGCAGAGCAACCCGGUCAACCUGCGGUGAAAAAGAGUAGGCUUUGCAUUCGUGGAGACCUAGAUCCGGACAUAUUGACCUUGGAGAAGUUUUCACCAACUGUCAACACAAUGAAUCUUGCAGUCAUGUUUCAAAUCGCCGCCAAUGAGAACAUGCUAGGACAGAUUGGAGACCUCAAGAAUGCGUUUUGCCAAAGUGGGAAGUUGGAGCGGAAGAGUGGCAAGCUGUAUUUUCGCAUGCCGGCUGAAGGAAUUGAUGGAGUUUCAAGCGAGCAGCUGGUCGAAAUUGUUGCAGGUUGCUAUGGGCUCGUCGACGCUCCUUUGCACUGGCGUCGCUCUCUCACCGAUUUCCUCAAGUCCCUUGGCUACAUCCAGAGCCGUUUAGAUCCAUGUCUCUUCAAACUGUAUGAUGAUCAGAAAAUCCUGCAGGGCAUGAUAGCCAUAGAGGUAGACGAUCUCUUCAUGGUAGGACACAGUUUUCAUUUGGAGAAGAUCCAGCAGUUGCGUGAGAAGUUUGUCUUUGGCAAGUUUGUGACGUUGAAGGAGACUCCAGAUGGAGCUGCUUUCAAUGGUAGAAGAAUCAAACAAUUGCAAAAUGGAGAGUUUCAGAUUGACAUGCAGAAGUUUGUUGAAGAGCGUUUAGGAGAACUGGUUUUGGAAAAGGGCAGGGCAUCUCAGAGAAAGGCCGAGGCCAACGAGAAGGAAGUCAGUCAAGCUAGGGCAGUUUGCGGUGCACUGAACUGGUUAGCAAAAGAGGGAAGACCUGACGCAGCAGGGCCAUCAAGUCUCAUGUCAUCAAAAUUAGCCACUUUGAAGAUUGAAGACAUCCUGUUGCUCAACGAGGUGGUUAGGAAUUUGAAGAAAACAUCAAAACUUUCACUUCGUAUUCAACCCCUUCGCAAAAUGAAGUUCAGUGUCGUCAGCGAUGCCUCAUUUGGAAAUGAUCAAAUGCAUUCACAAGGUGGUCAAAUGAUCUUGUGCCAUGAGGAUGGACUGCAGGAGAAUCAGCGCGUGCGCGCCAAUCUUCUGUGCUGGCGAAGCAGCCGCUUGCAGCGUGUCGUAAACAGCACACUGGCAGCUGAGACCCAAAGUCUAUCUCGUGGACUGGGAGAUUUAUUGUGGGUGAUGGUCCUGUUUGAGGAGCUACGAGACCCUGAUUUCUCCAUUCGAGAUUGGCCCCAACGACUGAGCGGCAGUGAGGUUUUGGCUUUGGCAUCUACUUCAUCUUCUGAGAGGCUUAAAGGUAGUUUGGCGAUAGUUGACGCGAAGAGUCUCUAUGACCAACUGUGCAAGGAAACAAUCGGUGGCCAAGACAAGCGAACGGCCAUUGAAGUACAGAUAAUUCGUGAGGAUUUGAACAGCCUAUCGGGCAAAGUCCGGUGGGUGGACCACCAAGCUAUGGUGGCUGACACACUUACAAAAGUCAAGGGUUCAUGCGAGUCUUUGUAUAGAUUGCUUGCGUCUGGGGAGUUUCAACUGGUGGCAGAAGAAGACCACUUAAGUGCAAGACAUCAGGCAAAGGAACAAGGGCAGACCAAUACGGAUCUGCGCCGGUUUGGAGUCAACAAGAUUUUGGGGAGCUGUGAAACGAUUGAAACGAAGGAACCACACUUGACUCCAAACCAUCCUGAGACAGCCAUGGGUCUUGAGGCGUCGCUGAUGUCCAGCAAGGACCUCUACAAGUUGCUGUGUGCAGAAGGUACCGACGAUCUCUCGGCCAACGAGUUGUGCACGGGCGUCGCAGAGCUCAAGGGCAAUGCCACAAGUCUCAACAUGGCCCUGUUGCAGCGUGAUCAGCUGAAGAUCAAGGAGCUCAUGGACCAGAUGUGCAUGUCGAUGGUAAAGCUUCAGGGCAGGUUACAAUUCUCCCACAAAGCCCAUCAAGACGCCACGGAAAGCGACAGCAGCGACAGCAGCGACGACAGCAGCGAGGAAAGUGACGCUGUCACUCCCGUGACGCCCACGCGCUCGGGACGAGUCGCCGUUGCCACCAAAGGCCCUGAGCGGCGCCGGAGCUUAAACGCCUGGAUGCAGCAACGCCGUGAUCAGCGAGGCACUACGAGACAGCGCACAACACAGGUUGGUGCAGUGUCACACGCGCUCUUCAACAAGGAGAAUGAGGACCUGAUGCAUGAAGCCAAGAGCAUUCCGUCGGGCAUGACGAAGUUUAGAGCAAAGUUGGCCAGAGUGGUCCUCAGUUUUUCCUUUGAAGGGGCCUUUGGUGUCUUGUCCCUUGGCUCCCGCUCCGGGCUUAUGCUGGAAAUUGUCCACUUUGAGAAUUGGAUCUGCGCCAACACAAUGGUCAUGGCCUUCCAAUCUGAGUUCAAUGGCCUGGAAACCGGCUAUAACGAAGGCCAAUAUAAACCCGGGAAACGAGGUAUUGAGAGACCUGCCAAAGAUAUCUGGCCCAGCGCAGACGAGACCUUUUUGGUGCUGGAGUAUUUCUUCGGAAUUUUGUUCACAGUGGAAAUCGUGCUGAAGGUGAUUGUGCUAGCCCACCAUUUCUUCAAGGACCCGGGGCCCGGGGCUAGGCAAGGUUUAUUCAUGUUUAUUCACAAGUCACAGAAAUGA